GUUUUGUCUGACACUGCAUAAAACAUCUUCUGUAAACUAAAUUACAAUGCUGCAAAUUAUUCUGCUUCUUCUGCCUGGUGUUCUCAGUCAGUGGAGAGUGAGUUAUGUUUCUCUGAGUCCGGUCUGUGCUGCGAGGGGAUCCAAUGUUUCUAUUAACUGUAGAUAUGAAUAUCCAGAUGAUCAACGAGUACAGCAAGUGAUCUGGUGUUCAAUGAGAAAACGUUGCAACUGUGCAGUUAAGCCGUAUGUUUAUGAUAGUAAAUCCAACAAUAAUAAAAAAAACUUCCAAUACAUUGGAGACAAAACCUCAAAUUGUUCUCUUUUGAUCAGUAAUAUUGAUCAAACACAUUCUGGAGAGUAUAAAUUCAGAUUUAUAACCAGUGAGAAAAAAUAUACAUGUGCUCCUCGAGUGACCAUUUUAGUAGAUGAUUUAAAAGUGUCCAUGAACAGAUCAAGAGAAAAUGGAAGCACAAUAGUUGGAGACUCUCUGAAUUUGACGUGCACACUCAGCUGUUCUGGUAAUUUAGCUGAUGUUCAGUGGUUUAAGAAUCGUGAUCUGAUUCGACACUCAGAGCCCGUCCUCACCUUCAGCAGAGUAACAGCUGAAGACUCGGGGAGCUACUCUUGUUCUUUGAGAAACUUUAAAACAACUCUAUCUGAAGAAAUUACCAUUCACAUUGAAGAUGUCACCUGGUUUCCAACCGUUCUGAUUAUUGUGGUGUUUUUAGUCUCACUUGUUUUCAUCACUGCAGCUGUGAUUCUUAUGAGAAGGAAAGCAAAAACUCAAGUAAAACCAAAGAAGAAGAGAGAAGAAGCCAAGCGUUCUCUUUACUGCACUCUUCAAAAAAAUGAUGACGCAGUCUACUCGACCAUCACAAACCCACAAGAAACACAAGAUGUGCUGCAGGAGGUGUGAAAAUUCAAGAG